CCAAGACGGGCUGAAAGUCCUUCCCCGCAUGGUGGUGCGAUACCCUUUCAAGCAAGGAUAUUCCACUGACCGGCUAUUUCCACGUAUUCAGCCACCGUUCAGUGAUGUUUGCCGAGCAUUGGCCAAUGCGGGUCACUGUCGUAUCUAAGAUCGCAUCCCACCCAUCCCCAUGGGGUUGUGACCUGCCCGUUGCACCCUGAACUUUAACCCCAGUGCCCCCAUCUCCCGACCUCCCCACCCGCCCAGAGCUGGGGGUGCAUACUACACAAAGCACACCAGCUCUCGCUUUGGCCAUGUCUGACCAUGUGGUGACCAAGAUCUCUUGGCUAUUCAACACUGGCUCGGAUUCGUGGAGGUAUUCCCCCUCAUUUGCUCGCCUUGACUGCGUUCUCUUCUCGUUCCUAUAGGCUGAAUGAGAGAGCCAAGAACGAAGCUGGUGCGGAUGACACCUUCUAUGGACAGCGUCGCAGUCUGAGCUCGAGAUAUAUCAGUAGCCGACGGUAAUCGGGCUUCUCAAGAUGAUUACCAUGGACUGACUUAAAUCAACACUUUUGACCCACAUUUGCACAUAGCUGGCCUAUAUUUCCAUAAUUAUCUUGUUUCUUUUGAUCUUGCAAAGGGCUACACUUUCAAUAUGUCGUGGUUCCUUCAAAAGAUCGUCCACAAUGAGGCGAUGAGGACUGAUCCUAAGGAGAUCUACGGAUGGAGAGUCUAUGCGCUGGCUUGCUCUGCAUGCUUUGGCGGGAUGCUUUUUGGGAUGGACUCUGGGAUCAUCGGGGGAGUCUUGACCAUGUCAGGCUUCAAAGCCAAAUACGGCUUGACGGGCCUAAGCAAGACUGCACAGGCCAACUUAUCUGCCAACAUCGUCUCCACUCUUCAGGCAGGUUGUUUCUUCGGAGCCCUGAUAGCCUCCCCUGCGGCCGAUCGAUGGGGAAGAAGGUAUGCCCUACUUGGUGCAGCAGUUCUCGGAAUCCUCGGUGUCAUUAUGCAAGUAGCCGCUAGUGGUCAUCUUGAGGCAAUGUAUAUUGGACGCCUCAUCACCGGCUUUGGCGUUGGCUCUGCCUCAAUGAUCAACCCCCUUUACGUCUCAGAAAACGCACCACGCGCUAUUCGUGGUGGUCUGACUGGCCUAUAUCAACUCUUCAUCACAAUGGGAAUUAUGCUUGCUUUCUGGAUCAACUAUGGCUGUCUGUUGCAUCUGAAGGGCUCAGCUAUGUACCUUGUUCCCCUCGCAAUGCAGGCCUUGCCCGCAGUACUCCUUUUUUUCGGAAUGCUUUUCUGCAAUGAAUCGCCUCGCUGGUUGGCCAAGCAAGACCGGUGGGAAGAGGCGCGCGCGACUUUGUCAAAAGUCCGAGCCCUUCCCCCUGACCACCCAUACGUGGAAGAAGAGUUCCAGGCUAUCGCGGCCCAGCUGGAACAGGAGCGUGCGCUGAUCGGUGGUUCCGGUUUCUGGGAUUUGAUGAAGGAGAUGUGGUUGAUUGCUGGUAAUCGUAAACGUGCUAUGAUAUCGAUCUUCUUGAUGGUCUGCCAGCAGAUGACCGGCACAAAUGCUAUUAAUUACUACAGUCCCCAGAUCUUCCAGAACUUGGGUAUUGUGGGCAAUGCAACCAACCUUUUCGCAACCGGCGUCUACGGUAUCGUGAAAAUGGUCAGCUGCGGCGUCUUCCUCGUCUUCGUUGCUGACUCUCUCGGUCGUCGCCGCUCACUUCUCUGGACGUCCAUCGCCCAGGGUCUAGCGAUGUUGUACAUUGGCCUGUACGUUCGUAUUGCCCCUCCAGUGGGAGGAGCUCCAGUCAUUCCAGCCGGCUACGUCGCCCUUGUUUGCAUCUUCCUUUUUGCAUCUUUCUUCCAGUUUGGCUGGGGCCCUGUCUGCUGGAUCUAUGUCUCUGAGAUCCCGAGUGCUCGACUCCGAUCACUUAAUGUUUCUUUUGGUGCGGCGACACAAUGGUUGUUUAAUUUUGUCGUUGCUCGAGCUGUGCCGGUCAUGUUGGCCACGGUCGGUGCGAAUGGCUAUGGUACUUACAUCAUCUUUGCAUGCUUCUGCUUCUCCAUGUUCUUCUUUGUGUGGUUCUUUAUCCCAGAGACUAAGGGCUUGUCACUCGAGAAAAUGGAUGAUCUCUUUGGCGUCACCGAGUUGAUUCAGCACAAGGCAGCUGAUCCCGAGCAUGGGAUUGUCACUGCAGAUGCGGACAAAAUCGCUGGCUCUCAUGUUGAGCAUGCAGAAUCUGGUGCACAAAGAUAA